GCGACCCCGACACGCAUGGCAGAAGGUGCGUUCGAGGAGGCCUGACCUGGAGGGGGGGGCGGGCCUUCCUUGCAUUGUCCUAUUUUGCUUGUGUGUGUGUGUGCGCGUGCGCGCGCGCGGGGGGGGGGGUUGAGCAAUCCGAUGAGCACUCCAGUCCCCCCUCAUUGUUACACGAGUGAGUACCAACCCCCCUCCAUUCUCCGUCCCCUCCCUUCUGCUUUCUCCCGCUCCACUUUUUCUUUCUUUCUUUUUUUCUUCUUUUUUUUUUGCGCUUUAGUGGCGACGACCUGCGCGGUUAUCAUUUUUUUCCCCCUUACUCGGAGGACGAGACAUGGGCUCCGUUUCCAACCAGGACUUCCCAGGAGUGUGCAAGGCGGACGAGGGCCCCAGCCCGGCCGAGGAGGACUCGCAGACCCUCCUGCGGGGCCUCGGCUCGUGCAAGUGGUUCAACGUGCGGAUGGGCUUCGGCUUCUUGUCCAUGACGAGCCGGGACGGCGUGCAGCUGGACGAGCCCGUGGACGUGUUCGUGCAUCAGAGCAAGUUGCACAUGGAGGGAUUCCGCAGCCUGAAGGAAGGCGAAGCCGUGGAGUUUACUUUCAAAAAGUCCUCAAAAGGGCUGGAGUCGCAGCGGGUCACGGGCCCCGGGGGCGUCCACUGCGUGGGCAGUGACCGCAGACCCAAAGGCAAGAAACUGCAGAAGAGACGCUCGAAAGGUGACCGGUGCUACAACUGUGGCGGUCUUGAUCACCAUGCCAAAGAGUGCAAGUUGCCACCCCAGCCUAAAAGGUGCCACUGCUGCCAGAGCAUCGAUCACAUGGUGGCCACCUGUCCAAUCAAAGCACAGCAGCCCUCGCCGGGUUCUAAGGGAAAGCAGUCCUCCUUGAAGGGCAACGCGGAGGAGCAAGAGGGACGCGCGUCGGCCCUUCCUCAGGAGCCCUCCGAGUAGAGAGGUCGGGUGGAGGUGGGUGUUUCUUGGUGGGCGGGCAGGGUGGGUAACACGGAGGCCAAUCAAACUGUUUUGACAGAGGGAUCGCCUCGCACCUCAAGCUUCUUUUGGAACUACCUCAGGUCGAAACGAAUAUUCUCAAGAAGAACGUUGCUGAUGUAUUUCUUUUCUUCGCUGUUUUUGAAUUUGUUGUAAUUGCUUACACUCAGGAAUACUGCUGUAUGAUUGCACUCUUUUCAAUAGUAAGAAUCACUGAUGUUAUUUAUAGGCCUUUACGUUACACCUACUUCCAUGUGGCAAAAAAACAGAUAACCACAGAUUUCACUUGAUUU